CGGGAUGACUGCUCGCACUCGCCACGUCCUCAGUCGCAGAUCAAGCCCGGCGGGAAAUGGAAUCUGAGGUCUCGCUGGAGACCGAGCAGCAGUUCUGGGAUGUCUCCAAACCAUGCGGCACUGAAGAUCUUAUUGAUGACGCUCUGCGCGCUUAUCUGGGUCUUACGACGCAGUACAAAGGUAGAUCGCGAAGAUGAAUACCUUAGUUCAGAGUAUAAUAUCUCGCGCUGCUCCUACAAGCUCUUCGCGUCGAGCAUUUUCGCCGCGCACGCCGAUUAUGUCCGCCGCCAGAUUAUCUACGGCCUCCUACAGGAAGAUGACUCGAAUACCCUACACUUAAUUGCCUCAUUCCUUCUCUUCGACGGUCGACAAAAUGAACUAGCUUUCCAGAUGAUGAACGAGGAGGGUGUGUUCGCGCGUCUCCUCGAGCUGAUACAGGCGCUACGCAGGGAUGAGAUGGACGGUGGAGCGGGUCUUCACCGGCUGCUCAUGGAUUUAUUGUAUGAGAUGUCGAGGAUCCAGAGGGUGAAGAUUGAGGAUUUGGUUCUCGUGGACGACGAUUUUAUUCGAUGUUUGUUUGAUCUCAUCGAAAAUCUUUCUUACGAUGUUUCCGAUCCGUAUCAUUAUCCUGUUAUCCGAGUUCUGGUGAGUGGUUCGAUUAGCCCGGGAACGGUGAACUGGGCUGAUACUUUGCGGCAGUUGGUGAUCAAGAUUCUCUCCGUGUAUGGGGGGAUGUACAAGACUUUUGGGGAGAAUAUCAUUCUCUUGAUCAACCGAGAAGCGGAGACGUCUCUGCAGCUGCUCACGCUGAAACUCCUUUACCUCAUUUUCACCACUCCCAGCACCUACGAAUAUUUCUUUACUAAUGACCUUCACGUCCUGGUCGACAUUCUAAUCCGGAACCUACUUGAUCUGCCCGAAGAGGCCGCUGCGCUGCGACAUACCUAUCUGCGCGUUCUGUACCCGCUCCUGGCGCAUACACAACUGCGUCAACCACCGCAUUAUAAGCGCGAUGAACUCCGAAGACUACUGAGCAUUCUCGCCCGCAGCCAGAACUCGUACGGUGAUGAAGCUGAGCACGAAAGGAUUCUCCACUUUGAAGAUGUCGAUGAUACCACGCGACGACUAGUUUCUCGAUGUGCAACGGUCGAAUGGCUUCGCAACGUGGAGUCGCCUGACAAUGCUCAGGAGCCCUCCGGCCAACCGACUACAAUCGAUGCAGUGCUUGACGAGACCAUCCAGACUGCUGAGAUCGAGACACCCACUGAUAUCGGCCAGUCGCUGGAAGUAGCCGGGACGCUCUCGCGCACAAGCACCAUCGCCAGUUCACCGGACACAGCCUCACCAACACGGAUGGACUCGCGAGGCUCAUCCGCGGCUCCAGGUCACGAACGCAAAGACAGCGUCGUGCAGCACCUCGGCAUGAACCUCGAGCCCGCAAGGUCAUCCUCACUUAGUGUGCAAGCUGUAGCAACGCAUCGCGAGAAACCGGGCAUCAUCACACCUAGCCGUAAAGAUGCUGCCCGCGCAGCCACGGAUGCAACUGUGCCCACUAUCCGCGCCCCCAAAAUCAAACCGGAGCCACCUAGAUCCCGUCGGUGGCGCGGCCGUCGCCUCGCCGUUGAUGACGACGAGCAGGAGCCUCACUCUACGGGGACAAGCAGUGACCGCAACACGAUCCCCGAGGGGGUGGAGAUUAGUCCCACGACUACGCUCGCACCAACGACCCCAUCCCCAUCUUCUCAACCCGGCGUGCGACACAACUCAACUACAAUAUCGAACCUCCAUGCUCGGCGCUCUGCGUCGAACCCUCCACCCGCUGUCCCCCCGCCCCGUCGAUCUGCCCAACCUACCCCGUCACCAAGCCAUCACCGCCCCGCACCGCCUCCACCUAAGACCCGGCGCGCCGGACGAGCGAAAACGCUGACUACACCCACGGACUCGGGUGCGAGUGCUGGGCGCAGCGCUAGUGUUCCGAAUGAAGUGCACGCUGUGGCUACUGCCUCUGUGUGCGCUGUUUCCCACCAAGAUACUGGCAUUGGACAGUCCCCCGAAAAAGAGGGGAGUGUUUUUUCGGAUCCGUUCCAGCCUACCUCGCCGACAUUGUUGAUAUCACCGGCUGAGAACAGUGCGGAUCACGCUUAUAGUCGAGACGGCGUUGCUGCUGGUGCAGCACCCGUGAGCGUUGAGGAGGCCGUGCAGAAAGUAUCACUGCAGUGA